UCCAUUCUAAAAUUAUGAAGUAAAAGCAUAACUAACGGAAAAAUUUUUUGAACAUUUCUUGAAGAAGUUAGAUGAAAGAGCGCAGGAAAUUCAGAGUUUUGUUUCCUUUUUGCUGUUUCUUUUAUAUGGAGAUUUUACAUAUAAUGUUUAAAGUCUAACAGUUUUUAAACCCUUACUGAGUGAUAUUGUGCACACUUCAACUGCUUGCAGUUUCAUUUCAUAAUGGAGCCAGCAGAUGACAGGAUAAAAGAAGUGGCUACAGAGGUAUUCAAUUCUAAAAGCCUGGCUGUACAAGCCCAGAAGAAAAUACUUGGCAAGAUGGCUUCAAAGUCAAUAGCAACGGCAUUGAUCGAUGAUACAAGCAGUGACAUUUUGGAUGAGUUAUACAAAGUAACCAAGGAAUACACACAGAACAAAAAGGAGGCAGAGAAGAUCAUCAAAAAUCUUAUCAAGGUGGUCAUAAAACUGGUGGUUCUCAACAGAAAUAACCAGUUCAACGAAGAUGAGAUGUUGCUCAUGGAAAAGUUCAAAAAGAAGGUUCAUCAGUUAGCAAUGACUGUUGUCAGUUUUCACCAGGUUGACUUUACUUUUGAUCGGAAUGUUUGUCCAAACUUUUGAAUGAUUUGCAGAGACAUGCUUCAUCAGAUUAUUGGACCGCCAUCUAAUGCCAAGUCACAUGGACGUGUCAAUCAUGUUUUAUCACUUGCAGAUUGUGAAUUCUUGGCUGCCCUUUACAAUCCAUUUGGACCUUACAAAGCUUCCCUGGAGAAAAUAUGUAAUGGUGUGAACAAAAUGUUAGAUGACUAGAAAUAUAUAACCAAUCAUUUGUAGCAAUUCCAAAAUCAAAUUGACUAUUCUGUCAAACAUAAAAGUUUCUAAAAUACAAAUGGAUUAGUAAUGUAAAAUACAUUUUUGUUUAAAAAAGUAUUUUGACAAUAUUUUAUAAAUAAUUAUUUCUUAUUUCUAUAACAAAUGUACAAAGUAGGCUAAAUGUUCCAAUAUGUUUCUUGUCCAACAAAGGAUAAACUCUCUUGUUGCCUGAUUCUUAACAACUUAACAGAUGAGUGGUCUUGGCCUGUGGACUAAAACUGAAGAAGAAUUUGGAUGAACGGACAUUUCCACCAUGCCCUUUACUUUUCGACCUACCAGACUACGGAAACUGAUAUAUGUUGUUCAUUUUUAAUUGUUUGAAAAUAGAACAGUUGCUUUUUAAAAGCUGUGCAUUAAAGAAAACUGGAAAGAAAUCUGAUGUCCCUAGCAUGAAGCUUACAGAAUGUAGUUUAAGUAGUUCAGGUGUGUUAACAGUGUUAUGACUGAGGAUGACAAAUAUCAAAUAGUCUAUUUUUUUCCCUUGCAUAUGGUUAUGUUUUUGUUUUUCGACUGAUUACAAUCUCUUGAAUUAAUAAAACAUUGAACAUUAAA